AUGGACACUAACGCUGCGCUUCUACGUUUUGUACUUUUAUCCGCGCUCUUUCCGACGAACGUGUUUUGUCAAAGUGGGAAAGACGUGAAUUCCUUGUUGACUUACCUGUUUACAACUGAGGGUUACAACAAAAAAGUUCGACCACUGACAGACCAGUCGCAAGCAGUUGAUAUCAAUGUGGACUUCUUCCUAAACUCGGUCAUUGCGUUCGACGAACAAGAUGAAAGUUUAAAGAUCUCUGGAUUUCUUGAAUGUAGCUGGACAGAUGAGUAUUUAACAUGGAAUUCCUCUGACCAUAACAACAUUAGUGAACUUUUCAUUCCUCAAGACGAUAUAUGGAAGCCAGAUAUUUCAUUGAGAAACACAUUUAAAUCUUUUACCGGUCUAGGUGCCACGUAUUUAAACGCAUAUGUAUCAAGUGCUGGAGAUGUCAGAUGGAAUCCGUAUCAGGUAUUAGAAUCGACAUGCUCUAUUGACAUCACCUAUUUUCCAUUUGACACACAAACAUGUGAGCUAAAGUUCACGGCCUGGAGUUAUAGCUCUGAUCAGGUAGAGCUAAACAAAGGCAACAAAGGUGUACAACUUGAAGAAUAUGUAGAAAAUUCCGCAUGGGCGCUUGUCGGAACAUCUACUAGAGAAACUAACACAGAUGAGGCAGCGGUCUUCUUUGCUUUGAAGUUGAAGCGAAGACCAAACUUUUAUAUAAUAAAUGCUAUAUUACCUGUAGUGUUUCUUUCCAUUCUGAACAGUUUUACGUUUCUCCUGCCGGUGUCAUCUGGAGAAAGAGCUAGUUACGCAGUUACAGUGUUCCUUUCAUUAGCUGUGUUUUUAACCAUAGUUGCGAACGAACUACCAAAAAACUCACAGAAGACGUCACUACUCUCUGUUUAUCUGAUGCUAAUGAACAGUUUGAGCACAUUCAUUGUCAUAUUGAGCAUAGCUGAGGUGAGGAUAGCAACACGGAAUGCUAAUACAAAGCCUGUUACUAAAGGAUACAUGACAUUUAUCAAAAUAUCACAUUUUAUCACAUGUAAGACUUGCAAAAAGUCGGUGACUCCAGCAAAAGUUUCGACGCCGAAGGCUCGUAAACGUCUUGACCUGGAGGACAACAUCACAUGGACAGAAGCUGUUGAUGCUAUUGAUAUUGUUUUCUUUUGGUUCUCCCUACUAUUCACAUUUCUCUGCACUUUGAUCCUUGGUGCAGUGGCAGUUAAUGGAGACAAAUAAAAGAUCAAUUUAAUCAGAUAAUUGUUUCAUUUCACCAUGCGUGGACGUUAGUAUUUGAUGCACAUUUUUAUUUUACUCGAGUCCUGUGC